CCACAAGGAUCUGUACAAGGAGGCCAUGAUGGAGGAGCACCAGCCUCUUAUAUCACAAGAGAAUCCCAAUAAACAGUUUAAGGGAAGCUCCAUGUUAUCACAAAAUUCUAACACAGAUGAAGAUAUCAUGCAGCUCUGUUCAGCAGAAAACUUACAUUCAGGACUUCACAGUACAAAUCUCUCAUAUAAGUCCUCUAAAUGUGCAGAACCUUCUCUUGACCAAUCACAAAUUGUUACCACAAGUACAGGUCAUAAAGUGGGGAAAACGUUUCAAGGUGGGAAAAAGUUUAGAAAAAGAUCAUGUCUUCCUUCACACAGAAGAAUUUACACAGAAGAGAAGCCAUAUUCAUGUUCAGAAUGUGGGAAAAAUUUUACACAUAAAUCACGUCUUCUUGUACAUGAGAGAAUUCACACAGAGGUUAAGCCAUAUACAUGUUCAGAAUGUGGGAAAUGUUUUACACAGAAACCAAAACUUGUUAUACAUGAGCGAAGUCACACAGGUGAGAAGCCAUAUUCAUGUUCAGAAUGUGGGAAAUGUUUUACACAGAAACAAAAACUUGUUAUACAUGAGAGAAGUCACACAGGUGAGAAGCCAUAUUCAUGUUCAGAAUGUGGGAAAUGUUUUAUAGAUAAAUCAAAUCUUGUUGCACAUGUGAGAAUUCACACAGGAGAGAAGCCAUAUACAUGUUCAGAAUGUGGGAAAAGUUUUACACAGAAAUCAAAUCUUGUUGCACAUGAGAGAAGUCACACAGGAGAGAAAAGAUAUUCAUGUUCAGAAUGUGGGGAAUGUUUUACUAGAAAAUCAAGCCUUGUUAGACAUGAGAGAAUUCACAGAGGAGAGAAGACAUAUUCAUGUCUAGAAUGUGGAAAAAGUUUUAUACACAAACCACAUCUUGUUAUACACGAGAAAAAUCACACAGGAGAGAAACCGUAUUCAUGUUCAGAAUGUGGGAAAUAUUUUACACGUAAAUCAAAUCUUGUUCAUCAUGUGCGAAUUCACACAUUAGAGGUUAUGACAAAUCUGGUGGAAGAUCUGAUUAUUAUUAAAGUGGAGGAUGAAGAAGAAUGGAUGACGGGCGAUCCCCCGUGUAAGAGUGAGGUGGAGGAGGACAUUCCAGGAGAGGUCACCACAGAAAAUCCCAGUAAAAAUGUUAAUGAAAGUAUAUUAUCACUGCAUUAUAAAGCAGAAGAUGAAGAUACCAUGGACUGCUCUUCAGAAGAAAACCUCAUUACCCUUAAUGUACAUCCAGGACCUCACAGUACAGAUUUCUCAUAUAAUCCCCUUAAUCAUGAGGAGCCUUUUUCUGACCAAUCACAGAUUGUUACCUCAGGUACAGGUCAGAAAGGUGGUAAAGAGUUCACAAAAAGAUCAAGGCUUUCUACAGGUGGAAGAAUUCACACUGGGGAGAAGCCUUACUCCUGUUCAGAAUGUGGGAAGUGCUUUAGAUAUAAAUCACAUCUGGUUACACAUGAGAGAAUUCACACAGGAGAGAAACAGUAUUUAUGUUCAGAAUGUGGAAAAUGUUUUACAGAAAAAUCUAAUCUGGCUAGGCAUGAGAGAAUUCACAGAGGUGAGAAGCCAUUUCCAUGUUCAGAAUGUGGCAAAUGUUUUACACUGAAAUCACAUCUUGUUGCACAUGAGAGAAGUCACACAGGAGAGAAGCCAUUUUCCUGUUCAGAAUGUGGGACAUCUUUUAAAUACAAAUCAGAUCUUGUUACCCAUAAGAGACGUCACACAGGAGAGAAGCCAUAUUCAUGUUCAGAAUGUGGGAAAUGUUUUAUAGAUAGAUCAAGUCUUGCUAUACAUGAGAGAAGUCACACAGGGGAGAAGCUGCAUUCAUGUUCAGAAUGUGGGAAAUGUUUUACAUAUAAAUCAAGUCUUGUUUCCCAUGAGAGAAUUCACACAGGAGAGAAGCCGUUUUUAUGCUCAGAAUGUGGGAAAUGUUUUACAUAUAAAUCACAUCUUGUUGCACAUAAAAGAACUCACACAGGGGAGAAGCCGUAUGAAUGCUCAGAAUGUGGGAAAUGUUUUACAUAUAAAACAGAUUUUGUUAGACAUGAGAAACGUCACACAGGAGAGAAGCCGUUUUCCUGUUCAGAAUGUGGGAAAUGUUUUAUAGAUAAAUCACAUCUUCUUAGACAUGAAAAAAGCCACACAGGAGAGAAGCCGUAUUCAUGUUCCGAAUGUGGUAAGUGUUUUACUGAUAAAUCACAUCUUGUUAGACAUGAAAGAAUUCACACAGGAGAGAAGCCAUUUCCGUGCCCAGACUGUGAGAAGUGUUUUACUACUAAAGACAAACUUAAGGAUCAUCAGAGACGUCACACAGGAGAGAAGCUAUGUCUCCAAACCCUUCUUUCUGGAGGUGGACACAUCCUUCAUGGAAGCAAACAUGUUUUCACUCAAAAAGAUCGAACAGAGGGUCCCCAGCAAAUCAUUGAUCCAGCCCACAUCCUCCCUGCUGCUCCAGUUCAGCUGAAGAACAUCCCGUCUGCUACAGUAGAUUUGUGUACCGGGUGUAGACAAGAAUCCAGAACAUUAUCAGAGUAUUAUGCAAAGCUUUAUAAGGCUGGAAUCACAUGUGUUAAAAGUUUCUGUACUCUGUGCCAUUUGAAAAAAAAAAAAAACAUUUUAAUUUUCAUCUCCACAGAGAAUCACAGUAUGAAAUCUGAGGAAAACGUCAUGUUAUCACUAAAAUAUAAACUUGAAAAUGAAGAUAUCAUGCAGUGCUCUUCAGGAAAAAACCUUAAUGUACAUUCAGGACUUCACAGUACAGAUCUGUCAUAUAAUACCCCUAAUCCUUCUCCUGACCAAUUACUGAUUGUUACCACAAAUGUAGGCAAGCAAGUAGGGAGUAAAAGGUUUCACUGUGAAAAAGAGUUCACAAAGAGAUCAAGUAUUUCUACACACAGAAGAAUUCACACAGGAGAGAAGUCAUACUCCUGUUCAGAAUGUGGGAAAUGCUUUUCAUAUAAAUCACAUCUUGUUAAACAUGAGCGAAUUCACACAGGAGAGAAACCAUAUUCCUGUUCAGAAUGUGGUAAAUGUUUUGCCCAAAAAGCAUGUCUUAUUGCACAUGAGAGAGUCCACACAGGAGAGAAGCCAUAUUCAUGUUCAGAAUGUGGGAAAUGUUUUAGCAAUAAAUCACAUCUUGUUACACAUGAGAGAAUUCACACAGGAGAGAAGCCAUAUUCCUGUUCAGAAUGUGGAAAAUGUUUUACACAAAAAGCAUGGCUUAUUACACACGAGAGAAUUCACACAGGAGAGAAACCAUAUUCAUGUUCUGAAUGUGGGAAAUGUUUUGCAGUUAAAUCGGUUCUUGUUAAACACCAGAGAAUUCACACAGGACAGAAACUACAUUCAUGUUCAGACUGUGGGAAAUGUUUUACUUGGAAAUCAAAUCUUGUUACACAUAAGAAAAUUCACACAGGAGAUAAGCCAUAUUCAUGUUCAGAAUGUGGGAAAUGUUUUACUUGGAAAUCACAUCUAAUUACACAUGAGAGAUGUCACACAGGAGAGAAGCCGUAUUCAUGUUCAGAAUGUGGGAAAUGUUUUGCAGGAAAAUCAGUUUUUGUUAAACAUGAGAGAAGUCACACAGAGAAGAAUCUAUAGUGCUGAAAUUCUAUAUGAAAAAAAUAAGAAUUUUAAUCACUUGUUAUUCAUAGACAUGAAUGUUAGGGGCUAAAUGGGAACAUGUGCUGCAGAUUAGCAACUUGUUUUUGUGCAGCUAUUUUAUGGCUAUUAUAUUAAAAAAAAACUGCCACAUUGCAGUUGCAUAUGAUUUGCAUUGUGUUCUAUGAUGACCUGCUACCAAAACUCCAAGUGUUGGACUUUUUUGACUGCUGAGCCAAGUCACUGUGUGACCCCUUUGAUAAUUAUUAGAUGCAGUGUUACAUUAUGAUAUUAUGAUAUCUUCAUAUCAUGUGAUACGUCACCAUGCGGCUCCAUGAGAUUUAUUUUUUGGGUGGAAUAAUCCUAGAUCUGCCAAACAACCAAAUUACAGUAUAUUUCUCAGAGGUCAACUGUGACCGAGACCCAUGGAGGAAAAGUAUUGCAGAUAUAAGAAAGAGAAGAGGAGCCUUGUUUACUUCCAGAGCAUUGAAGAUGUAUUGUCCCCAUGAAGCUUGUUUCUUAUCACUGUAUUCACACAUCCACCCACACUGCGGGAGAGUCCAGAGUGACAUGGGGAGAAUUAACGAUGCUCCCAUGUAACCAGGGACAUACUCAGAUCUCAAAACUUAUUAUGGCCCCCCUGCACCUAGUUUUCCAGUCUACGUGCAUGAAUCAAUCACAUAACAAUGCAGAAAAUGCGCAACACCCUGGAUUUUUGACAAAUAUACAAG